AGUGACUUGAUGAGUUGAAAACAAGCGGACUGAGUGAAUUGGAACAAAAAAAAAAGAAAGAAGGUUGCUCGAACAUAAACAAAUCGUGAUUGAAAAAUUCAUUGCUCUGUGUUUUAGGCAAUGAUUUAAUAGCAAUAAAUCAAACAAACAUUUUUUACAGUAUUUUCAAUUAAGUACAGAAAGACAACAAAGCUUGGUGUGUGUGUGUGUGUGUGUGAGAAAGAUGGCAACGCUCGAGGAUAAAAUAUUGGGUGAUGAUAAGCGUGAGAAUUACUGCAGUUCGGACGAGGGUGAAGCGGAUGAUUUCGAGAGUGCUGAUGGAUCGCCGAUAGGUGCACAAUCGGCAGCCGCAUGUGAACCAUCGAAUCAAACGUAUUUCACGCGCGAAACCGUCGACAAAUGGUCGGGUAGUUCAACAAACACCGGUCCAAAGGGUGUGAUCAAAGACUGGCAACGCUUCAAGCAAUUAGAAAACGAGAAAAAUGUGGGAAAAGAAACGGAAAAGUUGUCGCUUAUGAAAAAAUUGUGUAUUACGGCAAAAACGGUGGCCGAAGAUGGGCGGCAAGCCGAACAAGACGAGCUUGACACUGAAUUGGCCGAAUUGAUGAACGAUGACAGUAUUUUGUUGCAAUUUCAACAGCAACGUAUGCGUGAAAUGCUCGAACGAUGCGGUAAACAGCAGAAAAUUUUUGGCACCGUUUUCUCAUUGGCCAAUGGCGAUGAAUUCUUAAAUGCAAUCGAUAAUGAAGACAAAUCCGUCCCGGUUAUUGUGCAUAUCUACGAGAAUAAGCUGUUGGCAUGCAAAACAAUGAAUCGAUGCCUUGAUGAAUUGGCACAAAACUAUAAGAGUGUGAAAUUUUGUAAAAUUUUCGGUUCAGUAGCUGGCAUGAGUGCUAACUUCAAAAUUGGCGGCAUUCCGGCGUUGUUGGUGUACAAAAGUGGCAAUCUAAUUGGCAAUUUCGUUCGAUUGUCAGAUGAACUGGGCGGCGAUGAAUUCUUUGCAUCGGACGUUGAAAGCUUUCUCAUCGAACAUGCUAUGCUGCCGGACAACAGCCAUGUACCAAUCAUCGUCAGCAAAACCAUCAACGGCAACGAUGACGAUGAUUAAAUUCGACCUGUUUUAGUUCAACAAGAAAAUAACACCACAUUCAACAACAUGCUUUCAUCGCAACACACUCUCAUUCUCUCAUCUCUAGUAGCAUUAAGUUUAUAUGAAUGACAAUCGAUUUGAUAACGCCGCUGAUAUAAAAAAAAAAAAUUCGUGCUAAAAAAACGUCACCCUACGCCCCUUUUAUUGCGAUCAUCCACACAAAUUUUUCUAUUGUUAUUCGGAACGAACCAAAAUUCUUUUCUGUUAUUCUGUAUCGAUCAUCUUCCAUUUUAUGCAAUUGGCUUUGAAAACUCAUGAUACACAUCCAAUUGAACGCACAUAAAAAGCGAAAAAAAUGCCAUUUUUUGAGUGAGAAAUAUAAAACAAAACAAACAUGUGAACUUAUUUUACAUUUUUAUUGCCUAUUUAUUUUAAUGAAGAAACAAAAAUAUACACUUGUGGAGUUGUGGGUGGCACAACUCAGCCCCCCACACACACUACCCAUGCGCCAAUUUAAUAGAGAAAAAAAUUUAAACAUUGUAAACCGAAAUUUGUAUUCAAAAAUAAAUGUGCUCGUUUCCUAUAAA